GCACUGCUUCCGGCCUUUGAUGCGUCGGCGGAACCCAAUUUCUUCCUUCUUUUCCCUUAACUCCCAGGUCGAGUCUCUUCGCUGGUCGAAGAGUGUCAUUUUACUGUCUUCCUAUCCUUUAUUUCUUCGACGUUUUCACUAUGCGUUUCACCUCUGCAAAAACUUAUGUCAUGCUGGGUUUUGUGAUAAGCCUUGCUAUAACAGUCCAUGCGUUGGCCUUGCCUCGAUCCCAGAAUCAAAGUGACCCUGACGGCCAUGGAAGCGUUGUAGUUGCUCGUAACUAUGGUUCGAAUCCAAUAACAUCCACCCAGCCAUAUCCCCCUCCAUCCGUCUCUGGCCCUAAACCAUGGCCAAAGGUUAAGAUAGACCUCAGGGAUCCAAAUUACUAUAUCGUCUAUUCCGGUACAAAAGAUCGCGGUGGCCUCGGAUCCGCCGACGCAGUGGUCAAUAAGUUCUUCGACCAUCCGUACAUCCAGACGAGAUUGGGGUGGGGCAAGUCCCACGAUGCCCGAUUCAAGGGCUACCCCACUCCCGAUUUAGAUAGGGAGAACAUCCAUUUCUCUCUUGUCGGUCCUACAAUAUGUGGGGGAAAGUAUAGACAGUGUACGGUGCUGUUGAAUCGCAAAUCUCCGGAAAAGAACUUUUGGAUUAAGAAUGCCUAUGGAGAAUAUGUCCUGGUAGAACCGAAUCCAUGGCCAUUGAUCGAGAUUGUUGGAACCCCUCGAGAUCUUUUUAUCACCUGUUCCAAUCUCGAAGUCAACAACGACGAAAGCGCCUUUGAGCUCCUCGACAGUUUUCUGACGCGUAGGGAAGUUCGCAAGGCACUGGAUUUGUGGCAGUUUCCCAAAACCCAUUUUGCGGCCUAUCCCGAUCCAUUUCUAGAUAGAGAUGACAUCCACUUCUCCAUCGUAGGCCCCAAAGUAUGCGAUGGUCCUCGUCGACAAUGCACGGCGUCGUUGAAUCGCAAGUCGAGAAACUAUUGGGUCAAGGACCAUAAUGAAAAAGUUAUUCUCGGAGUACAAUUACAAUGAAACCUGUACCUCUUACACAGCUCUCGCCUACUCUGAACGAAAUUUUUCUGGUCCGUAUUCGGCAUGAGUACAAGAAAUUGACGAGGGCGA